AUGGAGUCAAGCAAAGAAGCGCCCCAACAGGCCACCUCCACCAUGUUCCGCCCGCCUGUUAAUCGCGCAAUGCGCACCCUCGACCGAUCGUUUUUCCGCAGAUCGUCGCCGAUCGCCGCCGCGAGGGUCUUCAAGAACUCCGAAAUCUCGAAGAUCCGCCAGGCACUGUCGAAUUCCUCUGAUCUCCUCAAUCUCCCUCGAAUGAAUAUAAUACGUGAUGUGAAGGAUGAGGAAGGUGUUAUGCGCAAAGCACUCUUACUAAGGGAGGGGUUGAAGCACGAUGAUAAAUCUACGUGGUCGCCUACUGUGAGCAAGCUUGUGGAGAAGGGAUCCGUCUCUGUUGGGCCUUUUGAAUUGACUUUGGAAUAUGAUUAUUGGACUUAUGCUGAGAUCAUGAAUGCUAUUCUCCCGGAAGACCAAAUGCAAGAGAUCCCUCAGGGCUUCACGUUGGUGGGGCACGUAGCACACCUCAAUCUCCGAGACCAAUAUCUACCGUAUAAGCACUUGAUUGCCGAAGUCAUCAAAGACAAAAACAGCGCCGUGCGCACUGUCAUUAACAAAAUCGAAGAUGUCGGCUCACAGAGUCAAUUCCGCACCUUUCCCUUCGAAUUGCUGGCUGGCGACAGCGACCUGAAUGUUAUCCAGCACGAGCAGGAUUGCGAGUUCCGCUUCGACUACGCUCGCGUGUACUGGAACAGCCGCUUGGAGACCGAGCACCGCCGUCUAGUGGAGAAAUUCCAGCCGGGUCAGAUGGUCUGCGACGUGAUGGCCGGGGUCGGACCCUUUGCGGUCCCCGCUGGACGCAAGAGGAUCUUCGUUUGGGCCAACGAUCUCAACCCCCACGGCUAUGAGGUCAUGCAGGAUGCAAUUGUCCGAAACAAGGUCAAAGAUUUCGUCACCCCAUUCAAUAUGGACGGGCGUGAAUUUAUCAAGUUCUCAGCUAAGUCUCUGCUCGAGUCUGACCCAGUGACGGUGAAGAUCCAGCCCAAGAUUCGCAGAUCGAAGGCAAAUGCAGAGGGCAAGGACGAACACCCAAAGCCUCCGCCUCAGGUUUAUGACCGGCCAUCCUUUGUUGACCACUAUGUCAUGAAUCUGCCUGCCACUGCUAUUGAGUUCCUUGACGCCUUCCAAGGCCUCUAUGCCGGCAAGGAGUCUUUGUUUGCCCCUCAUACCUCUCGAAAAUUGCCUAUGGUUCAUGUCUACUGUUUCUCUGGCCACUCGGAGAAUGAGUUGGAUGAUCACAUCGAUGUCUGCCAGCGCGUCUCUGAACGCAUCGGGUAUACGAUCACCACCGAGGACCGAGUUGGAGGCAGUGGCAACCCAGACGUUGAGUUGGCAAUCCACAAUGUGCGGCUUGUCAGCCCCAAUAAGCAGAUGUUCUGUGCAAGCUUCCGGCUGCCGGCAGACGUUGCUUUCCGGAAGGUGUAG